CAUAACCUGAGGCAUUGAACAAAACAAAAUUGUGUAUACCACGUGGUACAGUGCUUUCAAAAUGGUGGCGAAAAUGAAUUGAAAGCUGUUGCCCCGCGAAAUUCUUGCGCGGUGUCUUCCGUUCUGAAGUGUGUGCUCUUCUCACAGAAAUAGAGGAGUUUUUGUGUCACAAGAAUGAGCCCGAAGUCAAAGGCAAAUGCAACUAGCUCAGAAACUUCCUCUUCCAGUAACAGCUCCUCAUCUUCUUCUUCAUCAUCAUCAACAUCAGGGAGUGAGUCAAGUUCUUCAGAUUCAGAAAAUUCCUCAUCCUCUCAAGCAAGUGCUGCAAAAAGUGCUGCAUCGACAGAUUCAGAUGUUCGAAAAACUCCAAAGAAAAAGGCAAGUCCGGUCAAGGGCAAAAAUGCAGCAUCAAAUGAGGGUGAAAGUUCAAAAUCCAAGGAGAAGACACAAACAAAAGGUAGAAACAGCAAAGUUACAACUACUUACUCUUCAGAGUCGGAAGAUAUACCCAUAAAGCCACCACCAAAACGCAAACCACCAGCAAAACCUAAGGCCACUGCUACAGUAACACCUGUGAAUAAACCGUCAAAACCACAACCUAGAGUGAAGGCAACACCCGCAAGAGCUGCCAACAGGGGAGGAAAUGCUAGAGGAGCAGCUAACAAGCAAGCAGAGUCAGCUGCUCAAAAGAAACUAAAAACAAAAAGCAUUUUUAGCCCUGAAAACAGUAGUGAAAGUGAUGAUGCAAGUUCACAACCCCCAAAACUUAGCCCCAUGAAGAGUACUGCAAAAGUUGUGCCACAUAAUAAACCAAAGCCUAAAGCAAGCGCAAAGGCAGAACCAGUGCCUGUGGCACCUCCUCCUCCUCCACCACCACCACCGCCACUCACCAAAUCAAACAGCUCCACAACAUCAACAUCAGGAUCAUCUGUAUCAUCUGAUAGCAGUUCUGAUAGCGAGUCAUCUGCAGAAUCAUCAGCUCCAGGAAAACCGGUGAAGAAAAAGCCAUGCCCUGCCAAGAAAGCCACUGUCACUCCUGCCCCACAACCCAGCACAUCGCGUGCACCACCAAGGACCCAGCCUCAGCCAAAAGCACAUUCUUCAUCUAUGCCUGACCCUGUGGCAAUGACCGAGAGCGAAGGAGAAACCACCAAACCAGUAGUAGUUACUCGAAAGUCCACAAGAUCUUCAAGUGCGCGCCGAAGUAAACAUCUAAUCGGGAAAACAAGUGAUACAGAAUCUGAAACUGAAGGAAAGUCAAAGGCAGCCCCUGCCAAAAAAUCCGGCCCCAAAGGACCCAUGGCACGCCCCAAAACAAAAACACGGGCAACAGCAGCUGCCGCUGCUGCUGUGGCCUCCACAUCUGCUGCAGAACCAAUUCCAAAAAUUGUUGAAGAGGAGCGUAAAUGCCCCAUUGAAGGGUGUGAUUCAAUGGGUCACCUUAGUGGCAAAUUGGAGAAGCAUUUUACCAUUGAUGCAUGUCCAAUUUACCACAACAAGACAGCUCAAGAAUGCAAAGAAUGGGCACAAGAAAGAAAAAAGCAUGAAGAUGACCGUCGGAAAGCAUCAGCUUUAAUGAGCAAGAAGUCUCCAAAAAGUCAUAUUACUGUUGAUCAGCGCCACUAUCAUAUGAAAAUCAAGGAAACACGAUCCAAAUAUAAACCUCAGCCUCCUGAGCCAGAAGAAGCUGCCGCUGCGGAUGGCAAAGAACGUGAACCCCGGCUUUCCAAUUUGGUACCAGAUUAUGAUCUCAAGCUGUUCCAAGAGGCUCAGGCAUUGGCAAGUGAAAAAAUUGAUGUGUGCCCCCAGCUUACAAGAUUCAUAUUGUCCAAACAAGGUGAUUUUGCUGUUUGGUGUGGGAAUACUUUUUGUUCAAGAUCUAGGUAUGACAGUGGUUUUGUAAAUUGGUUUGAGUACAGUUACAGUGUUCUGUUGGACAAGAUUCCAAACUUACUACACAAGCAUUCUAUCUCCCGUCUUUGGGAUGAGGAAGACCUGAAAACAUUACCGCAUGUCAAAGGUACAAAAUAUGUUGAAAUGGGGAAGUUUGAGAUGGAGGUAUGGUAUCAAAGCCCUUAUCCUGAAGAAUACGCCCGUGUGCCUAAGUUAUGGAUAUGUGAAUUUUGCCUGCGAUAUAUGAAAAGUAGAACGAUAUUGAAAAGACACAUGGUCAAAUGUGUUUGGCGGCAUCCUCCAGGUGAAGAAGUUUACCGGAAGGACAAGAUAUCGGUGUGGGAAGUUGAUGGCAAGAGGUACAAACAGUAUUGUCAAAAUCUCUGCCUUUUGGCGAAGUUCUUCCUCGACCACAAGACGUUAUACUACGAUGUGGAGCCGUUCCUGUUCUAUGUGAUGACCAUUGGUGAUUCAGAAGGCUGCCACACCGUCGGAUACUUCAGCAAGGAUGUUACUCAGGACAGGAAAGAAGUUGUCAAAAACUUCAAUAUAUGGAUUUUCUAUGGCAUUAUUAUUAAUUUUGAAAUAAUUUAA